GUCUAAAGAGGGGCUGUACUAUCAUCAGCAUAACCAGUGCUGUGAUCUAUGGGUUUACAACUUUAAUUAUGGCUCUUUUUCUAUGCAACCUUUUGCCAGAGACAUUGUUGAAUGAAUACUUCAAUAGUCAAGUGCAAAUACGGGUACUCAUCGGAUCGAUAAUAUUGCUGCUCGGUGCAUGCUCAUUAAUCUAUGGCACAUUUAAGGAGAUUCCAUUCUUUCGUAAUUCCUUGGCUAUUUCUCGUUGGUAUCCAUAUUCUCAUUAUGAUGCUCACAUUCAUUCUGACAGUUUUUUAUCAAGCGCCGGCAUUUUUAAUUCUUGUAAUGAUUGCUUCCUUGGGUAUAUACAUCUACUGUUGGAUAAUUGCUUUGUCGUUCUUGAUCGAUCUACUUUACCAAUGAAGUACCCCAAGAAAAGUGGAUAAUAAUUCUUUUUCAAAGUCAUUUUUUUUUUUUAUUAUAUUUUUCUUUACUUUUUACACUCCUGCUAAGAAAUCGCCGUCAAAAUUUUAAGCAAACUUUCUGGAAAAAUACGAUUAUAUUUGUUUAGGUUUAGGUUUAUAAAACUAUAUUAUGAUCUUUCGGCGUUGCUGCUUCUGUGUGCCAUUGCGUAGAGCUUCCAUGACCAUUGGUACAAUCUUUAUGAGCUUCUUCUUUAUCGAAAUGGCCAUCCACGGCCAGCAGAGUUUCUUUAUAUCUUCAAAGGGCAACAGCUGGGAUAUUGUGCAGGCUAUUAUUCUAACAUCGGGUAUUAUUGCAUCAAUAUUACUCAUCCAUGGGUCGUACAAGGAAAAUCGAUGUCUUGUAUUAGUCUGGGUCAUUGUCUUUCUGAUUAUAUUCAUCUCGUAUGUAAUACUGACCGUUGUAGAUGUUCUUUUUUACCAGACCCGCACAAUAAUCCUUAUCAUUGAAGGUUGUAUUCUUGUAAUUAUGCUUUACUCAUUGAUGGUUGUACACUCUUAUUACGACGACCUUCUUAAAGCUUCAACCGAUGCUGUACAAAUAUAAUUAAAAUUGUUUGCAAGUUUUAAAAAUCCAA